AAACAAUCAAUAAAACAAGCAAACGAACUUCUAUACAAAUGCUUCUCAUCAGCAUUUUGCUGAUUCAAAGGAAUUAAUUUUCGACAAAAUCGAUGUUUUAAUUUUCCCUUCCCGGUCAUGCAUCAGUGAUAGGCUUAGAAAAGUGAAUAUAAUCAACGUUGUCGUUUAUUAAUCUUUCUAAUUUUGAAUGCGGAUUAUUUACGUUUUAUUAAACGUUCGAAUAGUAAAGAAUAAAAGCCAAAAUAAUAAUACGAUCACAGUGAAAAGUCAUGUCUGAUACGAAUUCGAAUAAUCAAAAGUCAACUGUGGACUUUGAUCGACUUUCAUCAACGUGCAGAUUUUGUUUAGAGGGAUGUAAAUUGACAAGAGCUUUUCUAAGAUUGUCUUGGACUUUUCAAAGUUCGAAGACACCUUCGUCAUUUGUUAUUAUAUUUAAACCUGCCGAUGAUCCAUCGAGCUUUAGUCGAUUUUCAAUACCAAUUCAAGAACUCCUAGUCUUUGACAACAAGUUUGUCUAUUAUUUUACUUACGACAAACCUGUCGAUACACUCCUCUUACAAAUUGCUCCGGAAGAAGCAUCAACGGAAAAUCCUACUGAAUGGCUAAGGGUUAAUUAUAAAACGAAGGAAAUAAGUCAAGAAAGUCUUGCAGCAGGAGAUGGUAUGAAGAUUUAAGAAUACAAAUUCAUGUUUUAUGUUUAUUAUUUUAUAUUAUGUAUUCAUAUUAUUACUUUUAAACUGUUUAUCACAAACAAUAACAAUGUUAUACAACUAAAUGAUGUUUAUAAAAAAAAAUUUACAAUUAGCAGGAUGAUUGGAUAAAAAUGUUUAAUUAGAAAGAAAAUUGAUGAAUACAGUAUAUAAACAAGUAUAUAUAUAAAUAUAUAUAUAUAUAUAUAUAUAUAUAUAU